CGGAGGCGGCGGCGAAGCCAGAGGCGGCGGCGGUGGAGGCGGCGGCGCUGGGGGGGGUGGGAGGGGGGGGAGCGAGGGAGUGAGUGAGUGAGAGUGAGUGAGUUUACCCCCAUGAGGCGGUGAGAGGCCCGGGGCCUAUCUCAAAGGAGCGGGGUCUCGGCGCCAACUCGCAGCGGGCCCCCUCCCGGUCCCCGAGCCCGGCGGCGCGGCGGCAGCGGCUGGGUUGUGAGGAGGCGGGGAAGCCGUGUCCGGCCCCAGCCAUGGAGGGCAUGGACGUGGACCUGGACCCCGAGCUGAUGCAGAAGUUCAGCUGUCUGGGCACCACCGACAAGGACGUGCUCAUCUCCGAGUUCCAGCGGUUGCUUGGCUUCCAGCUCAACCCUGCCGGCUGCGCCUUCUUCCUGGACAUGACCAACUGGAACUUACAAGCAGCAAUUGGCGCCUACUAUGAUUUUGAGAGCCCAAACAUCAGUGUGCCCUCUAUGUCCUUUGUUGAAGAUGUCACCAUAGGAGAAGGGGAGUCCAUACCUCCUGAUACCCAGUUUAUAAAAACCUGGAGGAUCCAGAAUUCUGAUGUCAUCUGGGUGAUUCUCAGUGUGGAGGUGGGUGGACUUUUAGGAGUAACGCAGCAGCUGUCAUCUUUUGAAACGGAGUUCAACACACAGCCACAUCGCAAGGUAGAAGGAAACUUCAACCCGUUUGCCUCUCCCCAAAAGAACCGACAAUCAGAUGAAAACAACUUAAAAGACCCUGGGGGUUCCGAGUUCGACUCGAUCAGCAAAAACACAUGGGCUCCUGCUCCUGACCAAACUGAGCAAGAUGAGAAUAGACUCUCACAGAACUCUGUAAAUCUGUCCCCCAGCAGUCACGCAAACAACUUAUCAGUAGUGACUUACAGUAAGGGGCUCCAUGGGCCUUACCCCUUCGGCCAGUCUUAAACGGGUGUCAGCAAGAAGAAAAAAUAACAAAAGACAGAAGGCCUGACUUUGGGGGCGGGCGAGGGGUUCCUCUGGAUUGCAGAACAUACCGCACGGACCCAUGGCUUUGGCCCCCUCAUCCCGGAAGAAGAGGAAGAAGAACAGACUAGUUUUGAGUAAACACAGUAUGCAUGUGUGAAUGCUGAAUCGCAGGAAUGGUGUUGAGGCUACCAAGAAGAAAUCCAUGCAGCCACGUUGGGUUUUGUUUUUUAGGCGUCAGUCUAACAAGUCAUUGGGUCACUUGGGAAGGAGAAAAAAAAAAAUCUAAAAUGGGGGGAAAAAGCCAUCUUUUAAAACAAAAAAUUAUUUUGCCUACAGUCAGGUUGUAGUUUUGAGCACAUGUUAAUUUUUUCCCUCAUUGCCCACUUUUUUUUUUCUUUUGGAUAAAGAGUAACAUACUAUAUAGAUUAGCUGCUUGCUCUGGAAAUGAUUCAGGUUGAAAACUGUCAUGGUGUGUUUGGGGACUCUGCAGGUCAGUGCUAUAGGAGGACAUGUUGCUAUGCCACGUGACUCCAGAAGUCUCUGGUCCCAUUUGUUUUUCAUGGCAUCAGUCAAUGGGUUAUCACCCUUUUCUUCCUCUUCUCUCUUCUCUUUCGCCUUUUGUUGAUUUACACCUUUGACAUUUGUAUUUGUCAGUCCUGUGGCGGUUACUAUCAGAACCUCUCUGAAGAUCAAACUUCCCUGUGUGGCCAGCAGAGGAAGCCUUGAGGACAGAUCUGGGGUGACAUGGGAAUUUCUGAGGCCGAGAGGUGUCCUGCAGGCUCUUGUAAUAAUUCAGACUACUUUUCUUCGAUGUUGCCCUUGGCAGAGAGAAAUGCCAUCAUGCUUAUUGUUUUUUUGGAUUCUUUGUACACAAUGGCUCCCCACUCACUCUGGAAACAGUGUGUGUGUGCUGGGUGUCUGCAUGUGCAACAUGCACACACAUAUCAGUGCAGCUAACCAGCAAGUGCAGUAGACAGUUGUGUCCUGCACUUCUCUGUUGUCACAUAAUACCCUUCCCCACAUUUCCUUCCACUUGUCCUUUGUGAUGUUUUCACAGCCUGUUAGUGGAGGCUGAGCUGUUAGAGUAAGAAAAUACAGCCCCCAGGUGGGGUUUACCAUCAGGGAGGGCCACAGUCACUAAGUGAUCUUGAAGGCCACAUUUAGAUGGAAAUGAAAAGACCUCACCCUGAGCAGGAUCCUUGGUUAUUAGGUUGUAGGUGAGGCAGCAUUACUGCAGCAGAAGCUGAUGGGCUGGCUGCCCAUUUGCAGGUGACCCCAUUGGCAUCCUGUGGAUUCUGAGUGGGUUGAAAUGUGAGUAUCUCCAUGGGAAGCUUGAACCAGGCUAGAACAGCUGUCUGCCAAAGAUACAAGAAUAUGCAAAGCCCCCUUCUCAUCCCCUCUGCCCUUGAGUCUUGUUUGGUUUGAUAGCCGGGGAUAUGGACUAGGGUGUAGUUUUAGGGUUGCCUGCCUGUUACCACCCCUCAUGCCCCCUGAGGGGGGUGGGACAAGCAGGAAGACCAGAUGAUGAGUGGCUGCAAAGGGUCCUAUAGCCUGGGUGUGGGUGAGGGUCUGCCUGCCUGUCUGCCUACCUGGGCGUCUGAGUUGCAGGAGUGUGUAUGUGUUUCUCCUCAUCCUCUUCUGAGACUUUUUUUUUUUUUGGUUUUUUGUUUGAUUGGGGGGG